UUCAGCUGCGGGCCCGCAGUGCCUGCUCGCUCCGCGCAGUCCCGCCGCGCUCCGCUCCCGUCCCGCGCCGCUCCCGCCGCCAUGACCGAUGCGGCCGUGUCCUUCGCCAAGGAUUUCCUGGCCGGGGGGGUGGCGGCCGCCAUCUCCAAGACGGCCGUGGCGCCCAUCGAGCGGGUCAAGCUGCUGCUGCAGGUGCAGCACGCCAGCAAGCAGAUCGCGGCCGACAAGCAGUACAAGGGCAUCGUGGACUGCGUGGUGCGCAUCCCGCGCGAGCAGGGCGUCCUCUCCUUCUGGCGCGGCAACCUGGCCAAUGUGAUCAGGUACUUCCCCACGCAGGCGCUCAACUUCGCCUUCAAAGACAAGUACAAGCAGCUCUUCCUGGGCGGCGUGGACAAAAGGACCCAGUUCUGGCGGUACUUCGCCGGUAACCUGGCGUCCGGCGGCGCCGCCGGCGCCACCUCCCUCUGUUUCGUCUAUCCCCUUGACUUUGCCCGCACCCGCCUGGCCGCCGACGUGGGCAAAGCGGGCGCCGACCGCGAGUUCAGCGGGCUCGGUGACUGCCUGGUCAAAAUCUUCCGCUCGGACGGCCUUAGGGGCCUGUACCAAGGCUUCAAUGUGUCCGUCCARGGCAUCAUUAUCUACAGAGCUGCCUACUUUGGCAUCUACGACACGGCAAAGGGCAUGCUCCCGGACCCCAAGAACACCCACAUCGUCGUCAGCUGGAUGAUUGCGCAGACGGUCACUGCCGUGGCCGGCUUGACCUCCUAUCCUUUCGAUACGGUUCGGCGCCGCAUGAUGAUGCAGUCCGGCCGUAAGGGAGCUGACAUAAUGUACACGGGCACGAUCGACUGCUGGCGGAAGAUCGCCCGCGAUGAGGGCUCCAAAGCGUUUUUUAAAGGAGCUUGGUCGAACGUACUGCGAGGAAUGGGUGGUGCUUUUGUCCUAGUCCUGUACGACGAAAUCAAGAAAUACACAUAAGUUAUUUCCUUUUGUGAACUGGCAUGUUGCAUUAUGUAACCUGUGACCAUUCAUGGACUGUAUCAAAACCGUCUAGCUACUGAUCACUGGCAGCUGGUAUUUAUACAGGUCGACAUGGGGCAGGGCUGUCUGCCCUGUCUUCAUGGGGCCRUGCCCCUCAUGGGACUCAAUCAUGGUUUCUAUUUCAAUCACUUCAGCUUAAAGGGUACCAAGAAAUAAAAAACUGAAACCA